CGUUUUUUUCUUCCCAGGGGUCGCUGAUUGGAACUGGCAACCCGCAAUCUGGGGGCUUGAAAACAGGAAACUACGUGGAGGUGGCGGGAUGAAUAUUGAUAGUAAUUUAAAGAAAGUACUUGCAGGGUCGGUGUCAUUUGGAGAUGUGGCUGUGGGCUUCUCCCAGGAGGAGUGGUGGCACCUAAAUCCUGCUCAGAGGACCCUGUACAGAGACGUGAUGCUGGAGAACUACCACAACCUUGUCUCACUGGGGUGUUUCAUUAGCAAGCCAGAGGUGAUCUUCAAGUUGGAACAAGGAGAGGAGCCGUGGGUAUUAGAGGAAGCAUUUCUAUACUGGAACUACCCAGCACCUUCAGAGUUGUCUACAUUUUUGCAAGAGCAGCCGAAAAUGAACAAAUCCCAGAUUGAACAGAAAUUCCAGGGAUCAGUGUCAUUUAAGGAUGUGACUGUGGGCUUCACCCAGGAAGAGUGGCAGCACCUGGACUCAACUCAGAGGUCCCUGUAUAGAGAUGUGAUGCUGGAGAACUACAGCAACCUUGUCUCAGUGGGGUAUUGUGUUACCAAACCAGAAGUGAUCUUCAGGCUCGAGCAAGGGGAGGAGCCAUGGAUAUCGGAGGAAGAAUUCCCAAGCCAGGUAUUCCCAGAAGUCUGGAAAUCUGAUCAACUGAAAGAAAGGAGCCAAGAAAACCAGUCUAAACGUGUGUGGGAAGUUGUAUUCAUCAAUAACAAAAAGCUGACUAAAGAACAAGGUAAUGUGAUAGGAAAACCAUUUAAGUUGGACACAAAUUCUUUUCCUUCCAGAAAAAUACUCUGUCAGUGUGACUCAUGUGGAGUGAGUUUCAACUGUAUUUCAGAAUUGGUUAUCAAUAAGAAAAACUGUUUAGGAAAAAAGACUGAUGAAUUUACUGCCUGUGGAAAAUUGCUACUCAAUAUUAAACAUGAGAAAACUCAUCCUAGAGAGAAAAGUGAAUUUUUUAAAAAUGGAAAGACUUUCAGUCACAAUGAGGACCCUGUUCAGCAUGAGAAGAUACAAACUUUAGAGCAAAAUUUUGAAUAUAACAUAUAUCGAGAAACCUUCCUUGGAAAGGCAGUAUACAAUACACAGAAGAGGGAGAUCACAGAAGGGAAUGACUGUGAAUAUAAUGAAUACAAGCAAAUUUUCUGUGAUAACUCAUCCUUCUUCUUACAUCAGAUAACCCCCUCAAAGGAGAAUCACUAUAGAUUUAGUGAUUGUGGGAAAUCCUUGUGUGUGAAGUCUACCCUUUUGAAACAUCAUGGGGCCCAUAUAAAAUACUAUGAAUGUAAUGAAAGUGGGAAUAAUUUCAAGGGGAAGUUAUACCUCUCACAACUUCAGAAAACUCAUAAAGGAGAGAAACACUUUGAAUGUAAUGAAUGUGGGAAAGCUUUUUGGGAAAAGUCCCACCUCACUCGACAUCGGAGGAUACACACAGGAGAGAAGCGCUUUCAAUGUAAUGAAUGUGGAAAAACUUUCUGGGAGAAGUCAAACCUCACUAAACAUCAGAGAUCACACACAGGGGAGAAACCAUUUGAAUGCAAUGAAUGUGGGAAAGCCUUCAGCCACAAGUCAGCCCUCACAUUACACCAGAGAACACAUACAGGGGAGAAACCCUACCAAUGUAAUGCAUGUGGGAAAACUUUUUACCAGAAGUCAGACCUCACUAAACAUCAGAGAACACACACAGGGCUGAAACCCUAUGAAUGUUAUGAAUGUGGAAAAUCCUUCUGUAUGAAUUCACACCUUACAGUACAUCAGAGAACUCAUACAGGUGAGAAACCCUUUGAAUGUCCUGAAUGUGGGAAAUCUUUCUGUCAGAAGUCACAUCUUACACAACAUCAGAGAACUCAUGUAGGGGAUAAACCCUAUGAAUGUAAUGCAUGUGGGAAAACUUUCUACCAUAAGUCAGUACUCACCAGGCAUCAAAUAAUCCAUACAGGGUUAAAACCUUAUGAGUGUUAUGAAUGUGGGAAAACUUUCUGCUUGAAGUCUGAUCUCACAGUACAUCAGAGAACUCACACAGGGGAGAAACCCUUUGCAUGUCCUGAGUGUGGGAAAUUCUUCAGCCAUAAGUCAACCCUCUCUCAACAUUAUAGAACACAUACAGGGGAGAAACCCUAUGAAUGUCAUGAAUGUGGAAAAAUCUUCUAUAACAAAUCAUACCUAACUAAACAUAAUAGAACACAUACAGGGGAGAAACCCUAUGAAUGCAAUGAAUGUGGGAAAACCUUCUGCCAGAAGUCACAGCUCACUCAGCACCAGAGAAUUCACAUAGGGGAGAAACCCUAUGAAUGUAAUGAAUGUGGAAAGGCUUUCUGCCAUAAGUCAGCUCUAAUUGUACACCAGAGAACUCAUACAGAAGAAAAGCCCUAUAAAUGUAACGAAUGUGGAAAAUCUUUCUGUGUGAAGUCAGGACUUAUUUUACAUCAGAGAAAACACACAGGGGAGAAGCCCUAUGAAUGUAAUGAAUGUGGGAAAUCCUUCAGUCACAAAUCAUCCCUCACAGUGCAUCACAGGGCUCACACAGGAGAGAAGUCUUGUCAAUGUAAUGAAUGUGGGAAAAUUUUUUACCGUAAAUCAGACCUUGCUAAACAUCAGAGAUCUCACACAGGGGAGAAGCCCUAUGAAUGUAAAAUGUGUGGAAAAACCUUCUCUCAGAAGUCAAACCUCAUUGUACAUCAGAGAACGCACACAGGAGAAAAUCUUGUGAUUGAAGUGAAUGUUAGAAAUGUUGAGCCACAAUUCAGCAUCCACUAUACUUCAGAGAAUUCACGCUGUGGAGAAAGCUCUGUUGACAUCCUGAAUGUUCAGUAACAUUCAUCCACAGACUGGCCUUAUUUUACUCCAAAGUAAUGAUAGGGAAAAAUCUGUGCAACAAAUAUAGAAAGUCUUGUUAAGAAUUAAAAUUUCAUUUGAUGUCACGUAGCUAAUACUGGUAUAAAAUCUUACAGAUUUUUUGAUUUUGUAAAAGUUUCUAGCAAAAAAUACCAACUAGUUUAUGUCAGAAUUUAUGUUGAGGAGAAAUCUGUGAAUUUGAGACAUAUAGCUUGAAAAUUUUGUUUAGAAGUAAUGUAACAUUAGAAGUUGUGCUUUGGUUUUGAUGCCUUGGUUAUCUUUAGGAAAUAUAACAAAUUAUAAUUUAUAGAUGUAUAUUGUGUAAUGUAAAGCUUUAAAAACUAAAAAAAUAGUAAAAUGAAAAAAUAGACUCACAAGAAAUUGCAACAGUAGUACAUAGAAUUCUCAUGUGCCCUUCACCAAGCUUCCUCUAAUAAUAAUAUUGUACAUAACCAUUUCUCAAGUAUAGGAAAUUGAUAGUACCCUACUACUAAGUCAGAUACAGACCUUAUUUAGAUUUCGUCUGUUUUUACAUACAUUCUGUGUGUUUAUGUGUGUAUUUCUAUGAAACUUUAUUGUUUGUAGGUUUUAGUAAUCAUGAACACAGGUUACAAAGUCAAAAAGGAAUCUGGAAUCUGUACGCGUGAAAGUUACAAAGGAAUCAGGGUUUCACCACAAGACGUUCUCUUGUGUUAGUAAUCAUACGCUUUCUGCCACCGUAAUCCUGGCAACCAUUUGAAUAUGAAGCUUUUUGAAAGAAGAGAUAAAUUUAAUGAUUAGGGCAACAACAUUAAAUGCAUAAGUGAAAUAUCCCUUA